AUGCGGGAGAUGACCAAUUGCAAACCCAGUCAGCUGUAUUCAAAACUGUUUGAAGAAGUUCAGAAAGUAAAGUAUUGGAAAGUUAAAGUGGACUCAGAGGCUGUGCAAAAAGACAGGAAGCUGCAAGAAAACAAAAGAACAAUUGAAACCCAACGUAAAGCCAUUCAGGAAUUGCAGUUCGGAAAUGAAAGCCUCAGCAUAAAACUAGAGGAUCAGAUCAGUGAGAAUGAUGAUCUGCAGAACAAAAACAAUGCAACACGGAACCUAUGUAAUAUACUAAAGGAUACGUUUGAAAGAUCAGCUGAGAAAAUCCAUCUAUUUGAAUCUGAAAGAGAGGAAACCCAUCACUUGUUCAUGGAAAACAGUGAAACUAUUCAGAGGAUGAAUGCUGCCUUUGAAAGCCUACGUAUUCAAGCAGAAACUGACCGCCUUGAAAUGCUGAAAGUUAAAGAGGAUUUGGAAGAAUUUGCCGUUUUAAAGGAGAAGUUUGAGAAAGAAUUCAGUAUGAAAGAAGAAGAGGUUGUGAUACUUCAGAUGAAAAUGAAGGACAAAGAAAAAGAACUUCAGGCAAUCCUGCUCAACCUCCAUGAAACCCGAGAGAGUUGCAAACGGUUACAACAGGCAGCACAACAACACCAGGAAGCCCUUCAACGUUCCAAACAAGAACAAGAAUCUCUGUUAGAAAGUCUGCAAAAUGCAGAACAGCUCAAUGAAGAAUGUGAGGAAAGUAGAAAAGCUAUUGCUACAGCAUUAGAGAGCAACAAAGAGGAGAAUGCAAAGGUUAUUGCCAAGAAAGACUCAAGCUUGGAAGAGCUCAACAAAAUAAAAGAUCAACAAGCAGACAAGCUUGUACAGAUUCAGGCCACAGCCCAGGAAUUUCAGACAUCAUUAACAGUUGAGAUACAGAGGGCAAAAGAACUUGAACUGAAGCUUACGGCAGUCACAGAGGAACUUGACAGGAAAAACCUUGAAUUAGGAGAGAUCAAAGAACAGAAAGAAAAGAAAGACAGCCAGCUACAAAUCCUUGAAGAUGAAUUGGAUGUCAAAAAUAAAUCCAUACAGUCACUAGAGGAAACAAUUAAAGUUGUGGAGACCAGAACAUCAGAACUCACCACAGCGCUUGAGGGGAAACAUGCUGAAAUUCACCAAGUUAAGAAUAAAGUGGAAACCAUGUCUGUAGAAAACAUUUUACUGGAAAAGGCUCUUGGAAAUGCUGAAACGAUGCAAAACGACUUGAAAGAAAAAGCCAAUAUGACUGAGAGGAAAAUAAAAGAGAUUGAGGGGCAGUUAUCUGCUGCAAUGAGAAGAGAUGAAAAAUCCAUCAAGGAGAAAGAGAAUCUAAAGACAGACAUUGUACAGCAUGAGGUGAAGUAUAAGGAGCUAUUAGCAAGUUUCAAUCAGCUGCAGCUUGAGAAGAAGACUAUUCUGGAGCAGAUUCAGAAUGAAUCCUCAGAGGCAAACAUUCUGGUAGCACAACUUAAGGAGAGUGAGGCAAAAGAGAUGAAGAUGAAGAAGGAAAUUGAAAGACUCCAAGAAGAAAACCACCAAUUACGAGAGGAAUUGAAAUCCUUAAAUGCCAAAGUUGAAGAGCAAGGCCAAGACACUGAGAAUCUGCAGAAGAAACUUGAAGAAAGUUGUGGAGAUCUGCAGGCCGAGCUCUCAAAGAAAGAUAAACAAAUGAAAACAGUGGAGUCAAAGCUGUCCAACCUGAAGAUAAAAUUAGAGAGUAAAACUAAAGUCCAGGACGAAUACCAAAAAGAGAACAAAACGUUGAAGAAACAAAUUGCAAUUGAGACAGCAAAAUCCAGUGAACUUGAAAAUGAGAUAAACAAAUUGAAAGAGGAGUCAGAAAAUGUUCAACGAUCAAAUGAAGAGGAAUGUAAAAAUUUGCUUGAUGACCUUGAAACCAAAGCAACAUCUGAGGCAGAGCUUCAGAAAAAGGUGCAAAAGCUACAUCUUACAGCAACAGAUGCUGUCAAGAGUAAGGAAGAUACUGAAAUCAAAUGUCAGAACAAGAUAGCAGACAUGGUUGCCUUGAUGGAAAAGCACAAGAACCAGUAUGACAAAAUGGUUGACGAGAAAGAUGCAGAGCUUGAUGAGAAGAAGAGGAAAGACAUGGAGGCAACUGCUAAUAGAACAUCACUGGAAUUGGCACUGUCACAGCAGAACAUUGAGAAUGACCGUUUGAAGGAACAACUAAAGAAAGAAAUGAACGAGAGGGAAAGCUUACUACAAGAGAUUACAGCCCUGAAAAAAGAAAAGAACAUGAGCAGGCAACUGGAGACACAGGAUGAACAGCUGCCGGAGCCAAAGUCCAAAGAAGUUAGGUGUUCUGAAACCCCCAAAGUAUACUCCUCCGCCAAAAUGCCUAUGUUCCGUUUGGCAAAGGACAGUCAGAGAAAGACAAAAACUCUGAAAGCCUCUGUAACCCCAUCCCAAACCUCAGAGAAAAUAGUUGUAUUGACUCCAAACAUUAAUGAAAUGGAAAACGAAGCCCCAAAAACUCCAUCUUGGAGCUCCAUGACUAGAGUUGCAGCAACACCACGAAUUAAGGAAACCGAAGCUCUCAGAACUCCAUCUUGGAGCUCCACCAAUAUAGUUAGUGCAACACCACGGAUUAAGUCUUACAGAAUCAGAACUCCUCCUUCCACUGGAAAGUCUGUGCCCUGGGGGAUGAGCACCCUGGAGCUUGACCCCAAGUCUGACAGCUCGGAACAUGAUUUAUUGAGCAUUGCAGUUGCAACUGAUCCAUUCAAGAGCCGCCUGCAGUCAAGUGUCCCAGCAGCACAGAAUCAGAAAGUGGACAUAUUCAGGAAGAUCCAGAGCCCUGCCAUUCAGAAAUCACCUGGGAGUACUUUAAAGCUCGCUGCAAUGAAAAGGAUGCGGGAUGCUGGUUGGACAUCUGUUACUGGUGCUGAAAAGAAGAAGAAAAAAACAGUUGAAAAGAUCUUUGCAUAAAAAGCAAGUGCUGUGCUUUUCAAGAUAGACCGUUUUCUGUGUGUCUGACAAAUCUGAAAAUGGUCUGCUAUUUUCAUUACACCACUGCUCUCAAGUUCAUUCAUGUCUAUAGUCUGAUGCUGGGAAAGCUGUUGACCCGAAAUAGGAAUUUCAAAUGCAAGUCAAACGAAUUUGAAAUUAACCAAGUAUGUUAUAUUGUUACUGUUUAGCAACAUACUCACAUUAUUAAUGGAAAAUAUGUUAAAUGCUUGUUGUUUUGAGCAAACCUGCCUCCUUUGACUCUAUUCAACAUUAAUAAGUUCAUGUUUUCAUGAAAUUUAAUUUAUUUGUUUGUAACAUUGUUUUUGCUUGUGCGGUUUUUAUGAACCUAUACACUAUAUAUACAAAUGUAUGUGGGCCCCCUUCAAAUGAGUGGAUUUGGCUACCGCUGAGUGCUGAAGUGCGUAAAAAUCGCCUGUCCUCGUUUGCAACACUCACUACCGAGUUUCAAACUGCCUCUGGAAGCAACUUCAGCACAAUAACUUUUCGUCAGGAGCUUCAUGAAAUGGGUUUCCAUUGCCGAGCAGCCUAACACAUGCCCAAGAUCACCAAACGCAAUGCAGUCCGAUGGACAAAUCUGGGGUUGGUAGAUGCCAGGAGAAUGCUACCUGCCUGAAUGCAUAGUUUGGUGGAGGAGGAAUAAUGGUCUGGGGCUGUUUUUCAUGGUUCGGGCUAGUCCCCUUUGUUCCAAUGAAGGGAAAUCUUAACGCUACUGCAUACUAUGACAUUCUAGACAAGUCUGUGCUUCCAACUUUGUGGCAACAGUUUGGGGAAGGCCCUUUCCAGUUUCAGCAGGACAAUGCCCCUGUGCACAAAGCGAGGUCCAUACAGAAAUUAUUUGUCAAGAUCGGUGUGGAAGAACAUGACUGGCCUGCACAGAGCCCUGACCUCAACCCCAUUGAACACCUUUGGGAUAAUUUGGAAUGCCGACUGUGAGCCAGGCCUAAUCACCCAAUGUCAGUGUCUGACCUCACGUGCUCUUGUGGCUGAAUGGAAGUAAGUCCCUGCAGCAAUGUUCCAACAUCUAGUGGAAAGACUUCCCAGAAGAGUGAAGGCUGAUAUAGCAGCAAAAGGGGGACCAAAUCCAUAUUAAUGUUCAUGAUUUUAUAAUGAGAUGUUCCACGAGCAGGUGUCAUAUUGUUAUUUAUAUUGCUACCAAAUAAAAUGAUGCUUCAA